AUGGAACAGUACCUAUGGCUCCAAGAACAUUUCCCGGAGUAUACUGCAAUCCACGAUGGGGACAAGGAAUACACGCUCUUCUGGCCCAAGAUUUAUCUUUAUUGGUUUAGCAGAUGGCCUGAGAGCAACAAACCAGCAGAAACUGAUGCUGAGGAUUCACGUAAAGCUCAAUUACAGACCUGGUUUCAUUGGCAGACAAACGCAUCCAAGAAAAAAAAUCGCAGCUUAAAGAAGGAUAUGUCCAUCUUUGAAGCUGCACUGGUACCAAAGUCGCACGCAAAAUCCACUGAAGAGAUAUACAUGGAUAUGGUCUAUAGUGAAUGGAUCAAGCCUCUCAUCAAGGCCGAACAAGAGGCAGGUAACAUAGGUACAGCUGGCCAGCGCAUGGCAUUGGGCCUGAAAGUUUUGCAAGGAGCUCCUGGAAGACGAGUAAAGAGGGUCGUGUUAGACGAUGAAGAUGACAAUGAUGAAACUGAUGCUGAUCCCAUCGCAAAAGCUAUUGAUUAUUUACCAAUCAUAUGCCAGCGCUUUGCACGUCUCAUCAAGAAAAAAACUCAAUUCAUAGUCUCCUUCAUGUGCACUGGACCAGAGCCGAGGCAUGAUUGGGACAUCAUUUCAUUAUCGUGCCAUCUGUCAGAAACCCCCGCUGGGAGUAAUUUUUCUCAAUUGUGCCCUGACAAGGACAACACCUUCCUUGCGGCAUACCAGCAAUACGCUGAGUUGAUAUUCCCUGCAAACGAGCGCGAUCCGCUACUGCCAGGUGUUGGAGAUGACAAUGAGCUUGAAGAGCUUGAAGGAUGCGACAAUGGUGAAGAGGAUAUGAAUGGAGGAUGUGAUGGUUCCAUGGAUUGGAAUAUUCCAGGUCUUUAUAUCGUUUCAUGCCUGCCUGAUGCAAGCAGAUGCAUCAAUGAUUAG